AUGUUUAGUGACGCGUCAUAUCAUCUUUUUUUUUAUUUUAUUUCUUUGUUCCAUUUUUUCUUUUUUUUUAUUUCAUUCUUCCAUUCCUUUUAUGUCUUUUUAAUUUCUUUUAUUUCGUUUUUUCUCCUUUUUCAUUCUUUCUUUCAUUUCUUUCUUUUCUUUCAUUUUAUUUCUGAUUUCUUUCAUUUCUUUUAUUUUAAUUCUUUCUAUUUGAUUUCUUUUACUCUUUCACUCAUUUUUUUUGUUUUUAUUUCAUUUCUUGCUGUCUUCUUUUUUCUUUUAUCAUUUUUCUUUUUUUGGUUUCUUUCAUUUGUUUUUGGAUUUUUUAUUCUUUCUUUCAUUUCUUUAGUUUCAUUUCUUUCAUUCUUAUUUUCAUUUCUUUUUCAUUCUUUCUUUUUUCUUUUUCUUUCAUCCAUUCUUUACAUUCUUUCUUUUCAUUCAUUCCUUUUUAUUUAUUUUUCUUUCCUCCAUUACUUACCUUUUCUUUCCUACAAUUCUUUCUUUUAUCUAUUUCUUUUUCUAUUUCUUUCUUUUUUUCUUUCAUUUUACUUUGUUUUCUUUCAGCUUCUCUUUUUCUUUAUUUUUUUCUUCAAUUCUUAUUCUCUUUUUACAUCCUAUUUCUUUCUUUCUUUUAUUUCCACUUUCUUUUCCAUUCUUGAUUUCUUUGCUUUCUUUAUUAUUUUUUAUGAAUUUUUAGCAUUUUCCUUUGUUUUCUCUUUAUCUUGUUCUUCUGUUCUUAUAUAUUCAACUUUGUUUUAUCCUGAUUUCUCUUUCUUUCUAUCUUUCAUUUUGCUUUGUUCUUCCUUUUCACCAUUUAUGGCAUAUUCCAUUCUUUUUCUUUUCUAUCUUGUUAUUCUAUUCUUACAUAUUCUUUUAUUCUUUCUUUCUUUCCUUUCUUUCUUACCUCUCUUUCAUUUUUUUUUGUUCUUCCUUUUCAUUUCUUAUGCUAUAUUCCUUUCUUUUUCUUUUCCAUCUUGUUAUUCUGUUAUCACAUAUUCUAUAGUUCUUUCUUUCUUUCUUAUCUUUCAUUUUUCUUUGUUCUUCCUUUUCAACCCUUAUGGCACAGUCCUUUCUUUUUCUUUUCCAUCUUGUUAUUCUAUUAUCACAUAUUCUAUAGUUCUUUCUUUCUUUCUUAUCUUUCAUUUUUCUUUGUUCUUCCUUUUCAUUUUCUUUUUCUUUGUUCUUCCUUUUCAACCCUUAUGGCACAGUCCUUUCUUUUUCUUUUCCAUCUUGUUAUUCUAUUAUCACAUAUUCUAUAGUUCUUUCUUUCUUUCUUUCUUCUUCGAUUUCAUUCCUUAUGAUAUAUUCCUUUCUUUUUCUUUUCCAUCUUGUUAUUCUAUUAUCACAUAUUCUAUAGUUCUUUCUUUCUUUCUUUGUUCUUCCAUUUCAUUCCUUAUAUUAUAUUACUUUCUUUUUCUUUUCUAUCUUAUUCUGUUAUCACAUAUUCUUUCUUUCUUUCUGUCUUUCUUUCAUUUUUUUUGUUCUCCCUUUACAUUUCUCAUGCUAUAUUCCUUUCUUUUUCUUUUCUAUCUUGUUAUUCUGUUAUCACAUAUUCUUUCUUUCUUUUUUUCUUUCUUAUCUUUCAUUUUUCUUUCUUCUUCCUUUUCAACCCUUAUGGCACAGUCCUUUCUUUUUCUUUUCCAUCUUUUCUUUCUUUCUUUCUUUCUUUCUUUCUUUCUUUCUUUCUUUCUUUUCUUUGUUCUUCAUUUUCUUUGUUUUCUUUUUUUUUUCCAUUUUUAUUCCUUAUAUUCACAUUUCUUUCUUUUUUCUUUCUUUUUUCUUAUCCUCUUCUUUGUUCUUACAUAUUUAAUUAAGUUUGCUUUCUUUCUUUCUUUCUUUCUUUCUUUCUUUCUUUCUUUCUUUCUUUUCCCUUAUGGGACUUUCUUAACUUCUUCUGUUCUUAAAUUUUCUAUUGUCUUUGGUGGUUCCUUUAUUUUAUUGAUUCAUUUUUCCCUUUUUUCCUUCUUUUAUUUUUUCAUUGAUUGUCCUUUAUUCUUUUUUCUUUCUUUCAUUCUUUUCUCAUCCCUUUCAUUCUUUUUCAUUUUUCUUCUACUUUAUCUCCAAACAAAAUAA